AUCACAAAGAAUUGAAACACCAAAAGCUCCAUCCAAGUCCAUAGCCAUGCCUGCACCAUCUGACGACCGUAAUGCCUCAAACUCUUUGUUACCUCACUAUUUACAAGAAGACUUUGGCACCCAAGCUUUUAGAGAACUGAUCAGUUCACUACCCAGAGAGAGAGGAUGGCUCACUCCAAAUAUCUACAACUACAAAGGCUUCUGGCUAGGCGCUUUCCAUCUUCAAGGUGCUCUGAGGUUCCAACAACAUUUCCAGGCUCAAGAUUCCGAUAUUAUGCUCAUCACCCUCCCUAAAUCCGGCACCAUCUGGUUGAAAGCUCUCGUAUUUGCGUUGAUCACUCGAGAACAAUUCCUUGCGUCGCAAGAAACCCCCCACCCUUUGCUCACAAACAACCCUCACGAGCUCAUUCCCUUCGUGGAUGUUUCUUAUGCAAGAGAGCCCACCCCAGAUUUCCCUCCCAUCAGCAAUGGCGUGAAGGUGAGGGUGGUUUCUACGCACUUCCCGUACGCGUUUUUGCCGGAAUCUGUCCGGAAAACGGACUGCAAGCUGAUUUAUCUUUGCCGGAGCCCCAAGGACACGGUGGUGUCGUACUGGCACUUCGCGAAUAGGAUGAGGGGAGAGAAUAAUGAAAUGAAAGAGAUAUCGCUUGAAGAGGCGGUGGAGAAUUAUUGCCGGGGAGUGAGCCUGGGAGGGCCGUUCUGGGAUCACACGUUGGGGUACUGGAAAGAGAGUUCGGAGAAUCCUAGGAAGGUGUUGUUCGUGAAGUACGAGGAAAUGAAGGAGAAGCCCGAGGUUCAUCUGAGGAGAUUGGCGGCGUUCUUGGGGUGUCCGUUCUCCGAGGAGGAAGAAGAGGGCGGGGUGGUCGGAGAAAUCUUGAGGCUUUGCAGCUUUGAUAACCUGAGCGGGUUGGAGGUUAACCGGAGCGGUAAGGGCGUGUUUGGGACCACGAACAGUGUGAUGUUCAGGAAAGGUGAGGUUGGAGAUUGGAGGAACCACUUGACAGAUGAAAUGGCCAGCAGAGUUGAUCAGAUUGUUGAAGAAAAGUUCAAUGGAUCAGGGCUCAAGCCCUAAUGAUCAUCACUAAAACUGCUACUUUUCUUUAUUGUCAAUGUAUUUCGAUCUUUUGUUGCAAAUUACAUGUGUUAGUUUCAAUAUUAUGAUUGUGACAAAAAAUAUGUGAUGAAUUUUUAAUGAUUUAUAGCUAUGA